AUGAGGCUCGAGCAGCCAGCGGCGCUGCGGCGCAUAGCGCUGGGUGCGGUGGAGCUGAGCCUGACUCCCAAGGAUGCCAGCAAGCAGAAAUGGCCGGCAGACCUGCCCGGCACGGUCAAUCAGCUAGCGGCGGCCUUUGAGGCGUACGUUGGCGAGCUGGCAGGCAGUGGUAUGCUCCAGGCGGAGGCGGCGCCUGCAGCCAAGGUCAAGGCGGUGGCUGAUGCGGUGUGGAGCAAGCUGAACAAGGGAUACAGCAAGGACCUGCAGCACGCGCAGCACGUGUAUAACUUUGCGGCGCUGCUGCUGCCGGGCGGCAUGCCUGGGCUGAAGAGGCAGCUGGAUUGCGCAGGCGUGGUCACGACAUCCUACGCCCUAUGCCAUGCACUCAGCCGGCGGUACCAGCAGCACGCUGAGCUGGCGGCGGCACGCAUGCAGAUCAGCGAAGACCACUGCUGGAUACAGCUAAGCAACAGGAGCGACAGGGAAACUACUGUGGAAGUGACCACAGACACAGCUGCUAAGCGUGGGCUGCCGGUUUCUCGGGAGGCCUGGGAAGGGUGGCUUUACACGGGCGGCCACGCUGUGCUGUGCUCUCCGCACGCCGCCCUGGCGGCGCUCGUCUCCUCUCUCAACCCUGCCAUCUCGGGCGGCAAGAAGGGGGUGAGCCUGGAGACGGACAGCGAGGAGCUGCAGGCGGUGCAGCAGCGGCUGCUGGAGGUGCUGGCAGAGGUGGAGCCGUCGGCCCUGUACCCGGCAGCGCUCUGUGCCCUGGCAGACCUCAAAGAGGUAGCAGCCCAGGAUGCGCUAGAUGCAGCUCGGGACAGCGGCGAUGCAGCGCAGCUGGCGUGGCUGCUGCAGCGCAGAUUGGGCGAUUCACAGGAACUGUUUGAGCGAGCCAUCAGGCUGGCAAGUGGCGGCAGACCUGCCACCGGCGCCACCAACGGCAGCAUUGCUGACAGCGAAGGCAAGGCAGCACAAGAAGGGGAUGGAACGGCAGAUGGCAGAGUGUAUGUUGCGCUGCGGAUUGACGACGCGGGCGGCUGCGCCACGGUGGCGCUUUGCCUCAACGAGCCGCAGCCGCAGCCGCAACCACCACCGCCGCCAGGGCAGCAGCAGCAGGAAAGCGCAUCGAAUGGCACCCUUGCAGUAGCAGCAGCAGCUGGAAGCAGGUGUGAGAGAAGCCUGCCGGGAGAACCUGGUUGGAUGUGGUACUGCCACUCCUACCUGGCAGCCUAUCUGGCCAGGCGAGCCCAGUUUCUGGGCAGCUGUGGGGAGCAGCACUGGGAUGCUGCGAUGGACACCUUUGCAUCCGCGCUGCAGGCCGCCAGCUGCGGUGCUGCUGUGCUGGCACGCUACCGCUUCUCACCCUCCACAGAUGAACAGCUGCACAAUGACGUCGAGGGGGUGCUGGAGGAGGUGUGCAGGGAUGGCCUGCUGGCGCUGGCCAAGAGCCAGCCUGGCGGCCAGAUCAGCGACCCUGCGCCCCUGGCCUCGCUGCUGCUCCUGUGGGAUGGCGUGUGCCAGCUGUUUGCCGGCAAGGCCAAGCCCAGCGGCUGGGUGGCGCUGGUGCUGAAAGCAGCCAAGCUGUUCAGCCCGGAGGCCAGGGAAGCGGCGGCGGCGGCGGUGGAGGGGCGCAUCAGCAGCGGGCCCAUGGUGGCGGCGCGCCAGCUGUGGCGGGAUCUCAAGCCCGUGCCGCUCAAGCCGCUGUUUGAGUCUGCGGACGUCACUGGCGGCGACAGCGGCCCAGGCGCGCGCGCCGCCAAGCGGCAGCGGCGGUGA